AGAUUGCACGGUUGUCCUCCUGGGCGCGUUGAUUGGCUGCCGCUCAUGCCAAUCACAGAGAGGGUUCGGUCGGUUAUCAGGGCAGAUUACGAAGAGGCAGUCUUCGUUUGAGGAGAACAGCUCUGAACGUUUUACAUACAUACAUGGCAGCACCGAUGUCUUUGGCUUUAUUUUCAGUUAUUUUCCUGCAGAUAUCUUCGUCUUACGAACAAGUGCCUGCUUUUGUGGAGGGGAGUUCUGAUGAAGCAGCAUCACAAGACAGCCAAAUCAGAGAAGAUGGAGUCGGCGGUGAAAGUCAGAGCGUCUUGUAUGACCACGGCUCGUUGUUCACAGCGGAGGAGAUGAGACCGCCGCUGCAGCUACAUGACUGGAGGCUGCCGUCUCCUCAGCCUAGCAGGAGAAAGUUGCUGCAGUAUGGAGGAAUCAUGCCGUACUCUCCUCUGAAUGUCGUUUACAAUGGUAAAACAUGCAUCUUGUUUAGAGCCAGGAAGCUGGCCAUCAGGUACAGAAAUCACACACUAGUCGACCUCACACAGAGAGUGUUUGGCCCUGAUGCAAUAGUGGACACCAGAGGCUCAUUCUGCAGCAAGGACAAGGCCACGCUCAACAUACGGUUUGGAGACGUGGAGGAGCUCAGAGGACUCGCCAUCAGACUGCAGAUGUCCAACACAUUCUACGAAUCAGCAGGACAGAACUGGUUCACUCUGGACAGCGUCCACAUCCACUACAACUGGACGCACGAGGCCACGUUCAACGCCACGGACGUGUACGCUCCCUCCACCAACUCGUACCACUGCCAGCACGUCAGCAGCCUGCAGAAAUAUGACACGCUGCUGGUGCCCAGCUCCAACACGGACAACGCGGCAAACUGGCACAUCACCUUCACAGACUUCCAGAUUCAAGCGUUCAAUGUCCACUCGAACAAGUUCUCUUCAGCCAGCGACUGUGCCACGUUCUUCACACCGGCCAUCCUCAUGGGUCUCAUCACAUCACUGAUCCUGCUGCUCGUCCUCGCCUACGCCCUGCACAUGGUGGUCCACCUCAAGCACAUCGACCGCUACGAAGAGCACAAGACCACAGUCUACUUCCCCCGAAGCACAGAAGCCGAAAGCACUGAGAAGAACAACCUGUAGUCCAGUAGGAUCGCCCGCCAACCUCCAAGCACAGAGACGGACAGUUUGGCGACUCUGAACUCUCAAGCCCGUACGAGUGAAAGUGCAAGAGCAGGCUGGAGAUGUCACGUUAAGAGCGUUUCCGCUUCUGACUGUGCUACUACACUCGCAGGAUUGUGGUAGGACAGAAAGAGCGGAUUCCUGCAGGAUUUUAAAAUUGGAGAUACCCCGAUUUGUAUCUACAACUAGUUCUCACUUUUUUUUCUCUCUUUUUUUUGUGAGACAAAUCACAAAUGAUCAGGAUCUGAAGGAGAACCUCAGAUUUCAUUCAAAUUGGCACAGAGUACUUCGAAUUUAUGUCGUCUGUCUCAUAUAAGCAUAUAACCUCCUGGUGAGAAUCAGGUUAAAUAAUAUAUGGACGCUUUAUUA